GAGAAAACAAAAUAACUACAAAACCCAAAUACUCUAUUGGUAGACUUCCGUAAAGAUGUUACUUUACAGAAGCCCUCCCCGAGCUCCUGUGAUGUCACGCCUGGCAUGUGUUUUUCUGGCCAUCGGCUGUGCCUCCCGCGAGCUCCUCAAGACACCGCUAGAAAUGAGUCUCAAAGUCGGGAUGUGCUCCUGAAAGUUGAUGGCAAACUUUAAACACCGCAGAUAUUCGGAGGUGAAGCACGAUGCUGAGGAGAGACACAUCGCGCUCUUAUCGGGAGUUCAAUGGAGAGGAGCGUCCUGAGACAGCAGAGUCCAUCCGGGACAAUGGUGUUUCUGAAGUGGAGCAAGAUGAUGAAGCCUGUGAUCCUUUACCAGAUGACGAUGUUGUGGAUGGCAAUCUAAUGCCCAUUGGCUUCAACAAAGCUUGCCUGAAGAAUGUUUUCACAGUAAUCCUUGUCCUCAUUUACUUGGUGCUCACUGCGGUGGCUGUGUUCUUGGCCUACCAAACCGUUUCAGACUUCUUGGACAAACUCAACCACCCAGUGAUGUCCGUUUCAUACAAAGAGGUCGAAGAGUUUGCUGCACCAGGAAUUGUUUUAUAUCCUGGGAAGGCACAGUUAUUAAGCUGCAUGCAUCACUAUCACGACAACAUUCCACCUCUUGUUGCUUUGGAAAAACUUGCGAAAAGAGAGUGUAUAAAAGAGGAAGUCAUCUACCAUGGGCCGUAUUCAAACCAGACAGAAAAGCGAGCUUUGGUGUUCAGAGGGCCGACUGAUGUGAGAAACCGAGAGCUUAUAUUCCUUCAGUUUAGCCGAAAUGAAACAGAAGAGGAUUUCAGCGCAAUCAGUUACAUGAUUUUUGCUAAAUUCAGUGACAUGCUUGAAAGUUCAGAUAAAGCUGCAUUUAUGAUGGACUGUGAAAGGAACUACUCCAUGUGGACCUUCUCUGGAGGCUUUAGGACGUGGGUCAAAAUGUCUUUGGUCAGGACAUCAGGCAGAAGAAAUGAAUCAGUAGAAUUUAGACAGGAGUCUAGUGUUGUGAAGUACAUUGACAAGAGGCCUCCACAAGAGCAAACCAAUGAGCUUUUCUUCAUUGUGUUCCAAUGGCGAGAUCCAUUUAUACAGCAAGUGAAAGAUAUAGUGACCGCAAACCCAUGGAACACCAUUGCCAUUUUGUGUGGCGUCUUCAUGGCCCUGUUUAAAGCAGCAGACUUUGCCAAACUCAGCAUUAAGUGGAUGAUCCGAAUCCGCAAAAGACACUUAAGAGCAAAAAUGAGAGAAAUGAACCAAAUCGGCUAAAAUCUGACAACACUACACUUCUGGAGUUUUAAUUAAGAUCAUCGAGACUUCUGCAGAGCCAUUUCAGAUCUACAUUUUCCGGAAGAAUGUAUUACGUUUUAACUGGAGCAAUUUUAACUGGAUAUUGUACAGUAUUGUGAAAACUCUGAGGCGCAUGAUCAACAGUACAAGAGCAAAGUUUAUUUGUGUUGUUUUGACACUGAUAUAUUAACUAUUCAAACCUUUUCUCCGUGAGAUUGAGUUGGUUAAAAUGAUGACUAAGAAGGGAUUUGGCUGACGCAAAAAAAAGGCUUUUAAUGACAAGGGCCUUUGGUUAUGUUGCAUUUCUAGACCAUCAAUAAGUAACUCUUUUGCAAUGUUUCCUUAAAGUUGGAGAUUACUCUUCACAGCUGCUGUUUUCUAUUAACAUUUAGAGACAUUUCUAUAAACAUCAACUUGAGAUAUGUUGUAUAAUUCCAAACUUAUGAAAUUAUUUCCGUGAUUUAAAAUGUUCUGAAAACAUUUAUCAUUUAGCAAUCAUUACAAAGCUAUUUGUAAUGGGCAGUUUGUGUGUUGUUACAGUGCUGUUUAACAAUGAAAUGACUGACUGGUGUUUGUUGAAUUUUUAGAUUAUGUAAUUCAUGUAGUUUUUAAUACUAUUAAAACCACUUUAUUCAUAUUAAUAUUACAAUUGACAGGGCCUCAAUGAUUAAAAA